GAUCCCUUCUAGGACGUGGCGAUUGGUGCAGCCGGGAGAGUUUCUGGGGCCCCCAUUGGACGUCUCGCCGCGCCAGUCACCUCUGUCGGCCUGGCUGCUUCCUUGCUAGGGCUCGGGGAAAACUUCCUUAUUAUCGUGCUGGCGAGUGACCCGCAGGGUGAAGCCGCGGCCCCAGCCAGAGGUGCCGCCGCCGCUGGAGGAAGGAAAAAGCUACAUGACUUGCUGAAGGGAGAGAAAAUGUUAUGUUGGGGAUGUUGGUCUUUUGGCCAGCCUGGGAUAGGUAGCAAUCUCCAAGCAAUCAUCCCUGAGCCACAGGUAUAUGGGUUCAUUCACGACCGAAACAUCAAGGAGGUGGCUUGUGGAGGAAACCAUUCUGUUUUCUUACUGGAGAAUGGAGAAGUUUACACCUGUGGCUUGAACACCAAAGGACAGCUAGGCCAUCAGAGCGAGGGAAGCAAGCCAGAGCAAAUUGGAGCAUUGGCAAAUCAGCACAUAGUCCAUGUUGCCUGUGGAGAGUCUCACAGUGUGGCACUCAGUGACCAGGGCCAGCUGUUUGCCUGGGGUGCAGGUAGUGAUGGACAGCUGGGGAUCACUACUACGGAAGAUUCUGUGGCAGUACCAAGGUUAAUAAAGAAACUGAACCAACAGACGAUACUGCAGGUUUCCUGUGGCAAUUGGCAUUGCCUAGCUCUUGCGGCAGACGGCCAGUUCUUCACCUGGGGACAGAACAACUAUGGCCAGCUGGGCCUGGGUAAAGAAUGCCCCUCUCAAACCAGCCCACAGCGCGUCACAUCUCUCGAUGGGAUCCCCUUGGCUCAGGUUGCUGCUGGCGGAGCUCACAGCUUUGCUCUGUCUCUCUCUGGAGCUGUGUUUGGCUGGGGGAGGAACAACUCAGGACAGCUGGGCUUAAGUGACGAGCAAGACCGAGAAUCCCCUUGCCAUGUGAAGCUCUUACGGACUCAGAAGGUCGUCUAUAUCAGCUGUGGAGAAAAACAUACAGCGGUCCUGACAAAGAGUGGAGGCGUGUUCACGUUUGGUGCGGGUUCCUGUGGGCAGCUUGGCCACGAUUCCAUGAAUGAUGAGGUUAACCCCCGGAGGGUUCUGGAGCUGAUGGGCACUGAAGUGUCCCAGAUCGCUUGUGGCAGACAGCACACUCUAGCCCUUGUGCCUUCUUCAGGACUGAUCUAUGCAUUCGGCUGCGGAACAAAAGGCCAGCUGGGAACUGGACAUAUAUGCAAUGUUAAAUGCCCAUCUCCAGUAAAAGGUCACUGGGUGGCUCACAAUGGGCAGCUCUCAGGUAGAGCUGAUGCCUUUAAAUAUCACAUUGUUAAACACAUCUUCUGUGGAGGAGACCGGACAUUUGUCCUUUGCUCCAAAUCUGAGAAUUCCUUGCCUGCUGAUGAUUUCCGGACCAUAAAUCAAUUAUGCUACACUUGUUUAAUAAAUGAUGAAACUAUAGCCGUUUGGAAACAAAAGCUAUUAGAACAGAACAACUCUAAUUCGGUCAAUGAAGUUGUGCAGAUAUUGUCGUCGUCUGCCUGUUGGAAUGGAAGCUUCUUGGAGAAGAAAAUCGAUGAACAUUUUAAAACCAGCCCCAAAAUCCCAGGAAUUGACCUGAAUUCCACCAGAGUGCUGUUUGAGAAGCUAAUGAACUCUCAGCAUUCCAUCCUGCUAGACCAGAUCUUAAAGAGCUUUGAAAGCUUUUUGAUUCCCCAGCUGUCCAGCUCCCCACCAGACGUUGAGGCAAUGAGAAUCUACCUGAUUCUCCCUGAAUUCCCCCUGUUUCAAGACUCGAAGCAUUACAUAACGUUAACACUUCCUCUCGCGAUGGCCAUUCUGCGACUGGAUACCAACCCCAGCAAAGUAUUAGAUAACUGGUGGUCUCAAGUAUGCCCAAGAUAUUUCCUGAGGUUAGUGAACCUCUAUAAAGGCGCAGUAGUUUAUCUCCUGAAUGGAAGAAAAACAUUAUUGAUCCCUGUCUUGUUCAGUAGUUACAUUACAGCUGCUCUUGGACUGCUAGAGAAACUUCACAAGGUGAAUCUGAAAGUUAAACAUGUAGAAUAUGACACAUUUUAUAUACCAGAGAUUUCCAAUUUGGUGGACAUUCAAGAAGACUAUCUUAUGUGGUUCUUGCAUCAAGCAGGAAUGAAAGUAAGACCAUCUAUCAUGCAGGAUGCUGUGACACUCUGUUCUUAUCCUUUCAUCUUUGAUGCUCAAGCCAAGACCAAAAUGUUACAGACGGAUGCUGAACUGCAGAUGCAGGUGGCGAUCAACGGAGCGAAUUUGCAAAAUGUUUUCAUGCUUCUCACUCUGGAGCCUCUGCUGGCCAGAAGCCCUUUCCUAGUUCUUCACGUCCGCAGGAGCAACUUGGUUGGUGAUGCUUUGAGGGAGCUGAGCAUUCAUUCAGAUAUCGAUUUGAAAAAGCCUCUGAAAGUGAUCUUUGAUGGCGAGGAGGCUGUUGAUGCUGGAGGGGUCACAAAGGAAUUCUUUCUCUUGUUGCUAAAGGAACUCCUGAAUCCCAUAUAUGGAAUGUUCAUCUACUAUCCAGAAUCGAACCUGUUGUGGUUUUCAGAUACGUGUUUUGUAGAGCACAACUGGUUUCACUUGAUCGGCAUUGUAUGUGGACUUGCUAUAUACAACUUCACUGUGGUAGACCUCCAUUUCCCGUUAGCGCUGUACAAAAAGCUAUUGAACGUGAAGCCCUGCUUAGAAGACUUAAAGGAGCUGUCCCCUACAGAAGGAAGGAGUCUUCAGCAGCUUUUAGAUUAUCCUGGGAAUGAUGUAGAAGAAACGUUCUGCCUGAAUUUUACAAUAUGUAGAGAAAGCUACGGUGUGACAGAGCAGAAGAAGCUAAUACCAGAAGGAGACAAAAUUACUGUGCAGAAGGACAAUAGGCAGGAAUUUGUUGAGGCCUACUUGAAUUACAUCUUCAAUCUCUCCAUCCAUGAGUGGUAUAUCGCUUUCUCCACCGGCUUCCUGAAGGUGUGCGGUGGGAAGGUCCUAGAACUCUUCCAGCCCUCAGAACUGAGGGCCAUGAUAGUAGGAAACAGCAACUACAACUGGGAGGAACUGGAAGAGUGUGCCAUCUACAAGGGGGACUACUCCGCUACACACCCGACAAUGAGAAUGUUCUGGGAAACCUUUCAUGAAUUUCCCUUGGAAAAGAAGAAGAAAUUUCUUCUGUUCCUGACUGGCAGCGACCGCAUCCCUAUCUAUGGCAUGUCAAGUUUACGCAUCAUCAUCCAGUCCACGUCGAGCGGGGACCAGUACCUGCCCGUAGCUCACACCUGCUAUAACCUCCUCGACCUGCCCAAGUACAGCAGCAAGGAGAUCCUGAGCGUGCGGCUUACACAAGCCAUCGACCACUAUGAGGGCUUUAGCUUGGCCUGAUUGCAAGAGACAUAGAUUCAUAGAUACUAAGGUCAGAAGGGACCACUCUGAUCAUCUAGUCCGACCUCCUGCACAGCGCAGGCCACAGAAUGUCACCCACCACUCCUAUGAAAAACCUCACCCAUGUCUGAGCUAUUGAAGUCCUCAAAUCAUGGUUCAAAACUUCAAGGAGCAGAGAAGCCUCCCUCCAGUCAACCAUGCCCCAUGCUACAGAGGAAGGCGAAAAACCUCCAGGGCCUCUCCAAUCUGCCCUGGAGGAAAAUUCCUUCCCGACCCCAAAUAUGGCAAUGAUCAAAUGUGAGAUGGCAGCUCCAAGAAAUCUGAAUCAAAUCCACAGGACAGUGGAUCAAAUCACAGGCUUGUAGAUGUUUGGAAUCAGGGGUUAGUUUUUUGGUGCAACAUUUCUACUUUUACUUGACACUUUGUGUCUCCAUUAAAUGCUGGGACUUAAAGGCAGUCUUUGUUAUGAAACUUUUGUUGAUCACAUUUGAAAUGUACAUUAAUGCUUCUGGAUGGGUAAGAGGAUGAACUAACCACCCAUUUCCCAAAAGAUUAGUGAGCCCUCUUUUCCCCCCAUCCAUGAUCAGUUAAAAUGGUGAACAAUCUCUCAUUUCCCAAGAAUCGGUGUAAAUCUAAUUUUAAACCCUGUUGCAGAAUGGACAUAUUUAUAGAACAUACAAUAUUUAUGUACCAUGUUUGAUAUGUAGCACUGAACUUUGCACUUCUCUAACAAAAGGUUGUAGGCAUGGGUUUUUUUAAAAUGUGCUGAUUACUACAUUGGUAGCUUGUCAGCCUCUUUAUAAUACAGCAUUAAAGACAAAAAUACAGCUAUAGAAAAUGUUUAUUUUCUAUGUGUGUGUGUGCAUAGUUCAAUAUUAUGCAAUAAAUUUGAUGUUUAAUUCCC